UCCAAUGGUGUUCCAAAGUGUAGUCCUUUUUCUCUUCAUGUCCUCACUCAUUUUCUCUUCAACCAUCACCACUGCCAUUGCUGCCUUGCCAAAACAACAAGAGCUAGAUCGAAUUUCAGCACUGCCUGGACAGCCACCAGUAACAUUUUCUCAAUUUUCUGGCUACGUUACGGUCAACGAGCAACCUGGACGAGCUCUCUUCUACUGGUUGACAGAAGCCACUGCUUUUCCAGAAAAGAAACCUCUUGUUCUUUGGUUCAACGGAGUUGUAACUAAACUUUAUCCAAAUAUUAAUUAUACAUUAUGUAAUUGUGCAGGGCCAGGUUGUUCAUCGGUGGCAUUUGGAGCAUCAGAGGAAAUUGGGCCAUUUAGGAUUAACAAGACUGGUUUAUCACUUUAUCUCAAUGAAUAUUCAUGGAAUAGAGAAGCAAAUCUUUUAUUUCUUGAAUCGCCGGCUGGUGUUGGUUUUUCGUACACAAAUACAAGAUCCGACCUUAAUAAUUCCGGAGAUAAACGGACUGCUGAGGAUGCUUUAGUAUUUCUAACUAGAUGGAUGUCAAGAUUUCCACAAUACAAACAUCGAGAAUUCUACAUUGCUGGGGAGAGCUAUGCUGGGCAUUUUGUUCCCCAGUUGGCAGAGAAAAUUGUAGAAUAUAAUAAGGCACUCUCGCAACCUAUCCUCAACCUUAAAGGAUUUAUAGUGGGAAAUGCAGUUUUUGAUUAUUACUAUGACGAAAUUGGAACAAUAGAAUAUUGGUGGAGCCAUUCAAUGAUAUCUGAUACAAGAUAUCGAUCAGUUCUCAAGAAUUGCGAUUUCAAGGUGGUAGAAAGUGAAAGACCACAACCAUGUAAACAAGCAAUGUACCAUGCCACUACGGAGCUUGGAAACAUAGAUCAAUACAGUAUUUAUACACCAACUUGCUUGGCAUCGCAUGAUAAUACCAUGAGCCCUAUAAGGUUCAAAAAUACUCUAUUGCGUCGAAGGCUUUCUGAGUACGAUCCAUGUAGUGCAAAUUAUGCUGAGAAGUAUUAUAAUCGGCCGGAAGUACAAAAGGCAAUGCAUGCAAAUGUUAAUGGAAUUCUUCGCAACUGGACUGUUUGCAGUGAAGUUCUCGGAAUCGGACCAGGCAAAAUUUGGACAGAUUCUGAAUUUUCUAUGUUGCCAACAUACAAGAAGUUGUUUACAGCUGGUUUACGAAUCUGGGUUUUCAGUGGGGACACAGAUGCAGUAGUUCCAGUGACUGCCACUAGGCUAUCCCUCAGCCAUCUCAAUCUCACCAUUAAAACUCUGUGGUAUCCAUGGAACGAAGAUGAUCAGGUAGGAGGAUGGACAGAGGUCUACGAUCAGUUAACUUUUGCUACAGUGAGAGGGGCUGGCCACGAGGUUCCACUAUUUCAACCCAAGCGAGUACUCAUUCUUUUCAAAUCUUUUUUGGCAGGGAAGGAAUUGCCAAUUUUACCUGGAUAUGAGAAUAUAGAUUAUUGAUUAUGGAAUUGCCAAAAUUACCUGGAUA